CUGCGGGAGGAAGAGGAGGAAGAGGAGGAACACCCCCCUCCUCUCCAGGUCUCAGCUUUCAGCUUCCAGCAUACCUAACACAGUAAACGCAGCUCCGCUGCUGCUGCUCCCGAACCCCCAUCCGGGACCGGACCGCUCCCUCAGACCCAGCCGGGACCAGGACCAGGACCGGUGCUGGUGCUGGCCGAGCCGGGACCAACGGGACCAGCGGGACCAGGAUCACCAGGAUCACCGAGGUCCGGGUCCCUCCCCACCGGGGCAGGAAUGUCCUGCUGGAGCUUCUGGACCGGGCAGGACCGUGUUCCGAGGGAGGUGACAGAAGAUGAAUCUGGCGCUCUAUCCCAUCUCAAAGAGUAUGACAGAAACUGAGAGGAGUGCAUUCUGGAUCUAAAAGACAUGACAGUACCUCCGAGCAACUGACCAGAAGAACUGGAAUGAUACCGUGACCUUUUUUCCUGAAAGUAAUAAAGUUAGCAAUGAGUUGGGGGAUAUAAUGGCCAAGAACAAGGAUGCCCGCCCCCCAACGUUUGCCGUCAGCGUGGUUGGCCUCUCGGGGACGGAGAAGGAGAAGGGCAAUUGUGGCGUGGGCAAGUCCUGCUUAUGCAAUAGAUAUGUGCGUCCUGAAGCGGACAAUUACUACUCCGAACACACGUCUGUGCUCAGCACAAUAGACUUUGGUGGGCGUGUGGUUAACAAUGACCACUUCCUGUACUGGGGGGACGUGUCCCAUCGAGGGGACGAAGGUUUGGAAUGUAAAAUCCAAGUCAUCGAACAAACAGAGUUCAUUGAUGACCAGACAUUUCUUCCGCAUCGGAGUACAAACCUGCAGCCGUACUCCAAACGGGCUGCAGCCACCAAGCUGCAGUCGGCAGAGAAGCUCAUGUACAUUUGCACGGACCAACUGGGCUUGGAACAGGACUUUGACCAGAAGCAGAUGCCAGAUGGGAAACUGAACAUCGAUGGCUUUGUGCUCUGUGUCGACGUUAGCAAGGGCUGCAAUAGGAAAUUUGAUGACCAAAUGAAGUUUGUCAACAGCCUGUAUUCCCAAAUUGUCAAGUCGAAGAAGCCUAUUGUUGUGGCUGCCACAAAAUGUGACGAGUGUGUGGACCAGCAUCUGCGGGACCUGCAGGGUUUCGUCGCCAGCAAGAAGAAUGUGAUGCUGAUUGAAACGUCAGGACGCUCAAACAUCAACACAGAGCUCUGCUUCAAUGCCCUUAUCCAGCAGCUGGACAAAACGCGGGGAAAGCCAAAAACUGUGCCAUAUUUGGAGGCCUAUAAAGUCCAACGACAGCUUGCUGCCUCGGUAACAGAUAGGUUUGAGAAACUGAUAAUGCACUCAGUGAGAGAUUACCACACCACUUGGAAAACUGUGAUAAAUAACCUGAUGGGCCAAGCGGACUAUGACGAAUUCAUCCUCCUGGAGGGCUCCAGGAAAGCACGCAACAUGUUCACUAAGCACAUCGCACAGCUCAAGCAGGAACACAUUAGGAGGCGGAGGGAGGAAUACCUGACGACGCUGCCAAAAACCCUCAACAACAUCUUCAAUAACCUGGAGGAGAUCGAACAUCUGUCGUGGCCCGAGGCACAGAGUGUAAUUCGCACUCGGCCGGAUUUCCAGUACUGGUUUGUGUUACUGGAUCAGACGCCCUGGGACGAGACGGACCAUAUUGAUAAUAGUGACCGCAGGAUACCUUUUGACCUUCUUGACACCCCUGAUGGGGAGAGAAUUUACCAUAACCAUGUUCAACACCUCCUCUCUGAGAAAAGAAGGGUGGAGAUGAAAGACAGGUUCAAGAAGACAUUGGACAGGGUUCAUUUUAUCAGCCCAGGGCAGCCUUGGGAGGAAGUCAUGUGUUUCGUCAUGGAAGAUGAGGCCUACAAAUACAUCACAGAAUCUGAUAGGAGGGAUGUUUACUGUAGACAUCAGCAGGAAAUAGUUGAAAGGGCUAAAGAGGAUUUUCAGGAAAUGCUUUUUGAGCAUGCUGAGUUGUUUUAUGACCUGGACCUGAAUGCAACCCCCAGCUGUGACAAGAUGACUGAAAUUCACAGUGUUUUAAACGAGGAACCCAGAUACAGAGCACUGCAAAAACUCGCCCCAGAUAGGGAAUCACUUCUUCUCAAACACAUUGGUUUUGUGUAUCAUCCCACUAAAGAGACAUGCCUGAGCGGGCAGAACUGUAUAGAUCUGAAAGUGGAACAGGUUUUGGCUAACAGAUUGGUGCCAGUUGACCACAGGCACUCUUACCUCUACUAUAGUAGUGCCAACAUUGAUAAGAUCAACCUCUGCCUCCUGGGAAAGGAGGGUCUGUCACAGGAACUAGCCAAUGAGAUCCGAGCUCAAUCCACAGAUGAUGAAUACACCCUAGACGGUAAAAUUUAUGAACUGAAGCUUCUCCCCGUGGAUGUCAAUUCCACCAUGCUUUUCAGCCAUACGUGGGUCACGACUUUCAAGCCACACGGCUGCUUUUGUGUGUUCAACUCCAUUGAAUCUCUGAAUUCCAUUGGCGAUUGCAUAGGCAGGAUCAGAGCAGAGAUAGCCCAGAGUCGAAGAGAUAGAUAUGCUCAGCCACUUCCUUUCAUUCUUAUCCUCGCAAAUCAGAGAGACAGCGUUUGCAAAAACAUACCUAUCCUGAGACACCAGGGCCAACAGCUGGCAAACAAGUUGCAGUGCACCUUUGUCGACAUCCCCUCUGGGGCUUUUCCUCGUAAAUUCACCGAGUUCCAAAUUAAGCAGGGGCUCCGGGCAGUGCUGGAGGGGCUAAAGCACAACGUCGAUGUCUUGGCCCCACUGCCCUUAAUCAAAGACAUGUCGGACACUGACCUUAGAAUAGUGAUGUGUGCCAUGUGCUGGGAUCCUUUCAGUGUUGACCUCAUCCUGUCACCUUUCCUAGACUCACAUUGCUGUAGUGCAGGACACCCAGGUCAGAGCAACACACUCAUACUGGACAAGAUCAUAGGGGACAGCCGAAAGAGGAUCCUGGUCACCGUCCUCUCCUACCACUCUGCUAUCGGUGUUCGUAAAGAUGAACUGGUGCACGGCUACAUUCUGGUUUAUUCUGCUAAACGCAAGGCUUCCAUGGCAACCCUGAGGGCGUUUUUGGCCGAGGUCCAGGACGUGAUCCCCGUCCAGAUGGUGGCAAUCACCGACAGCCAAGCGGAUUUCUUUGAGAAUGAUGCCAUCAAGGAAUUGAUGACAGAGGGGGAGCACAUUGCCACAGAGAUAGCAGCCAAAUUUACAGCGCUCUAUUCCCUGUCGCAGUAUCAUCGACAGACAGAGGUCUUUACACCUUUCUUCAAUGAAGUGCUAGAGAAGAAGCCAAGCAUUGAGAGUUCUUUCCUCUUUGACAGCUCGUCACGUGAGUGCACCACUGGGGCCAGUGAAGACGUCUUCCCUACAUCCCCCCAUAGCCAUUCCCCAGCCUACAACACGUAUUACCCAGAAUCCGAUGAAGAUAAUGAGGCCCCACCUCCUUACAGUCCAAUUGGUGAUGAUGUUCAGCUUCUCCCUACACCCAGUGAGCGAGCCAAGUACCGAAUUGACCUUGAGGGGAAUGAGUACCCCAUUCAUAGCACACCUAUCGGAGACCAUGAACGCAACCACAAAGUGCCUCCACCUGUCCGACCCAAACCAGUCCUCCCCAAGCCGGUGAGAAAGCUGGAUCCCAACCUGCUUAAAACCAUUGAGGCUGGCAUGCGUAGCAACCGCAGGGUGCCGCGUGGCCCGGGAACACACGCUGAAGAUGUGGAAGCAUCAGACAACUAUGCAGACCCCGUAGACACCCUGCUCAGGUCUAGGGGUCUGCAUAAUUUCCCCAGUGAUGAGAUAUAUGCAGUGCCGGAGGACACGCACGGUCGUCUGGUCAAAAUGAAAUACACUUUUGGUGGGUUACAAGGCCCCCACGGAGGAAGAGAAGAGGAAAACGGCUUUGAUCGGAAGUCUCAGGCUGCAAAGCGGCCAUCAAAAUACAAGCAUCGCUCUAAAAUAUUAUUCAGUAAAACCAAGGCCUACCAAAGACGGUUCCACUCCGACAGUGACGGCGAGGAGUCUUGUCCUGCGACACAGAAAAAGAAAAAGGGAAGAGCCCACCGGGGCAGCGAGGAGGACCCGCUGCUCUCUCCGGCCGACCCCUGGAAAGGGGGUAUCGACAAUCCCGCCAUUACCUCUGAUCCAGAGCAGGAGGACAAGAAGAUGAAGAAGAAGAAGACACCCAAGACACCAAAGGAACCAAAAAAGCCCAAAUCGUCCAAGCCCCCAAAGCCUCUGUACCCGCCCACUCGGAGAACAUGGGAAAGCAACUACUUUGGCAUUCCCCUGCAGAGCCUGGUGACCCCCGAGCGUCCCAUCCCACUCUUUAUUGAGAAGUGUGUCGACUACAUCGAGCUCACAGGUCUGACGACGGAGGGCCUGUAUCGUGUCAGCGGGAACAAGACGGACCAGGACAACAUUCAGAAACAGUUUGAUCAAGAUCACAGUAUUGACUUCUUGGCGAUGGAUGUGGCCGUGAACGCCGCUGCUGGAGCUCUAAAGGCUUUCUUCGCCGACCUCCCCGACCCGCUGAUCCCUUACCCGCUGCACCCGGAGCUGGUGGAGGCUGCAAAAAUCGUGGACUACAUCGAACGUCUCCUGGUUUUGCGAGAGAUCGUUAAGAAGUUUCCUCCCGUCAACUACCAAGUCUUCAAGUACAUCAUCACGCACCUUAACAGGGUGAGUCAGCACAGCAAGACCACCCUGAUGACGCCCGACAACCUGUCCAUCUGCUUCUGGCCCACGCUGAUGCGUCCCGACUUCGAGAACAAGGACACGCUGUCCACCACCAAGCUGAACCAGGCCGUGAUCGAGACCUUCAUCGUGCAGAGCGACUACUUCUUCCACGGGGGGGAGGUGGCGGAGAGCUCCAGCAGCGAGGGCACGCCCCCGCCGCACUGCCACAACAUGGUGGAGGCCCUGCUGCCCCUGCAGCUGCCCCCGCCGCUGCAGCCGCAGCAGAUCCAGCACACGCUGCACCCCGACCCGCUCAUAUAGAGCCGGAGGGGGGGGGGACCAUCCUCCGCUCAACAACCGUCUCAAACCACCACGGAAACGGAACUAGGAGCUGAUUUCUGGGGGAUCCAUCAGAGCCCUGGGCUUUACAGACACACAGACCAUCGGUUGGAUCAGUCCUAAUCUGAGAGAUCUGCUCAUCCCAGGAACUAAAUCCUGGAUUAGAGAAUUACAAUUGCACGUCACCUUUUGGAAGGAAUGUUUUGGAUCUCUGACGGCUUUUACCACGCAGGAACUGGAAGCUGUUGGUGGGGGAGCCGUUUUGGACUCGGCACAUAACACUAAUCACCCAGCAGGGUCAGACUCGGCCUGUGGGGAAACAGAUCCCUGAUGGAAUAGCACAUGAGGGUGCGAUGCCCCCGUGAAGCCCCGCCCCUCCAUCCCUCCAUCCCUCCAUCCCAACCCCAGACCAGAGAAAAGGGAAGUGAAAUCCCCGGGACUGAUCCUAGAAUCUGAAACCUCCUCUGCUGACUUUGCAGAUGUCCGAGUGUCUCUCUCGUAGUGUUGGUGGGAUUUCACCCAGUCUUCCUGGAAACUCCAGCACAGGAAAACAGGAAAACACUUCCUCUCCUUUCUUUGCUUUUCUCUUUGACCCUCAACCAGUAGGAGGACACGGGGAAACCUCCGGAGACACUAUACGUCUAACUUUGUCAACCUGACACUCACAGAAAUAUUUGCAUUACUUUAAGUUUUAUUUUUUCUGAGGUUUUGAAUACUAAAAAUAAAAUGUAAUGAUCCUCUUCCCCACUACGUGAACUUUGACCCCUGAAGAAGAACAGCACAUGCACGAUUAGUGUCAAAGGUCCACAUGCCAACUUCAUGUCUGUUUAGUUCUUCUUCUGAUUGUUUGUUCAUAUACAUAUACAUAUAUAUAUAUAUACAUAUACAUAUACAUAUGUAUAUAUGUAUAUGUGUGUGUGUGUGUGUGUGUGUGUGUGUGUGUGUGUGUGUGUAUACAUAUACAUGUAUAUGUAUGUGCGUAUGUGUAUAUGUAGUAACAUGAUUUCUAGCCAGCCUGUUGUGUGUGUGAUUGUUUGCUGAUGAUGGUGUGGUGUCUGACUGUGGUCUCUAUGCAGCCAGUCUGUCCCCUCUCUGCAGGGGGGGCGGGGGUUCAGAAGGGACACGAGGACAUCCUAAUGUGGACACAUGGACUCGUAGUGUCCCACACCAGGACGAGACCUGGUGGAUAACCACUUCAUCUGGAUAGAGGUUCAGAUUCUUACUGCAAAGGUUUCUUCCUGAGAAACAUGUCCCCUUAUGGCCCUUAGUCCCCCUGGUCCCCCCUAGUCCCUCUGGUCCCCCCUAGUCCCCCUGGUCCCCCUAGUCCCCCUGGUCCCCCCUGGCCCCCCUAGUCCGCCGGAUGCUGCACAUGAGCGAGGAAGCUGGUUCUGUUCAUUUCAAGUGUGGUGGUCUGGCGUCCUGCGCUCGGCGGAGGCCGCCUUGUAGCUCCUAUAAUGUAAUAAUUUCCUGAAAAUGUAAUAACGCCUGAAAAUGUAAUACAAUUUGCACUUAACUCAAUCGAAAAUGUAAUAAAACCCAAUAAUGUAAUAACAUAUCCUGACGGAUAUUGUAAUAACAUUUUUACUGAUAAUGUAAUAACUUAUAACGUUAUUGGGAAUUUAUUACAUGGUACUUAAAGUCUGCAAUUUAACCCAAUAGUCAUUCUGAUGUUUCAAAUCCAGUGUAUAUAACAUUCUUAGAUUCUUAAAACACAAAAUGUAGAACUCUGGACUGAAAAUGAACAUAUAUAUUACAUUAUUUGUCAAGUAUUACAUUAUCAGUUUUGGAGAAAAAAAAAUACCCACCUGAAAAUGUAAUAAAUUCCCAAUAAUGUAAUAAGGUAUUACAUUAUUAGUAAAAAUGUUAUUACAUUAUUGGAUUUUAUUACAUUUUCGAUUGAGUUAAGUGUAAAUUUUAUUACAUUUUCAGGAAAUGAUUACAUUAUAGGAAAUGAUUACAUUAUAGGUGCUACACGCCUCCCCCUCCUUCAUCUCCACUCUUCAUUCUUCUGUUUCAGUUGGUUUGUUCAGAAGUUUGCAUGUCUCUGUUUUAACACUAAGUGAAAAAAAAAGAAACCUGAAAGGAAAUGACCCCAUGAGCCUCUGGAGGAACUUCCUGCUCACAUUUAAGGGGGCGUGUCCACAGAAAAGCAAAGUUUUCGCAUUUAUUUCUUCAUGAAAAGAAAUCAACUCUGAAUAUCAUAUUUUUUUGUUAUAUGUUGAAUAGUUUUCCCGAAAUAGAGGAAGUAUUUGUAAGUAUAAAUAUAUAUAAAUAUAUAUAUAUAUAAAUGCUUGAGCAGCAGAGGUUUCUGCAGGUACUGGACUCACCUGUCAGCCGGGCUCAUGUUUGUUAGUCACUCCUGUGAUGGUGUUGGGUGUGAAUGAGUGAGUCUCACUCCUCCUCCCCCCCCCCCGGUGACAGGGUGAGGGAGAGCAUGACCCGCCGGGUCUAGGGUGGGGGGCGGGGGGGGCCGUUAGCGAGCCACACUUCCACAAAUGUCUGUCCAUCUGGAUGAAAAUAGUUUAAUUCCACCUUUCAUGUCCCAACUCUGUUUAAUACGGAGUAAGAAAGCUUUCAAAUACACGUGUCCGUGGUAUAACUACUCGUAAUGAUAAAUAUUUGUAUGUAAAUAAAAAAGUUGUACCCAAAAUUCUGCUGUCACCCACGAGUCUGAUCAAUUAUUAGGGUUAGGAUUGUUUUUAUGUGAGUGUGAAUCUAAAAGUCUUAUGGAUACAACUCUAAUUUCUACGACUACGAGUUCACUGUGAACACGAAUUCAAGUUUGUGGGUACGAGUCGAGAAACUGUUGAAAUGACGUAAGAGGCAGUUUAUGUCUUUACAUCCAUAAACUAUAUUAUUUAAAACGGUACAAUUUCAUGAAAUAAAGAACUAAAUGUGGGAUGGGUUAUUGAGCUGUGAUGGAGCUUCCCCCGCGUUACCGGUGGUGUCCAUGGCUGCUCUGUUUCCAGCCGUCCUCGGCCUCAGCAUCAUUCUGGUUCCAUUGCUUUCCCCUCAACUGCCUCUUACGUCAUUUCAACAGUUUUUCCACUCGUACCCACAAACUUGAAUUCAUGUUCACAGUGAAGACUCGCAGUCGUAGUUAUUAGAGUUGUAUCCAUAAGACUUUGCACUCACAGCUUUUAGAUUCACACUCGCAUAAAAACAAUCCUAACCCUAAUAAUUGAUCAGACUCGUGUGUGACAGCAGAAUUUUGGGUACAACUUUUUUUAUUUACAUACAAAUGUUUAUCAUUACGAGUAGUUAUAACAUGGACACAUCUUUUUGAAAGCUUUCUUACUCCAUAGUUUAAAGCGUAUAUUUAUUAACUUUGUUGAACGGUUCUGUGGUACUUGUCAGUUCAUACUGGCUCUACAUUUCAAAAUAAAAGCAUCAAGCUUCUGAUCCGAUCCGAGGAUGAUCCCACAUCUAAUGAGGUCAAAGCAGGACAAAACAAUAAUUCUCUAUUUAUAUACAAUAUUUUGCUCAAAAAGCAGUAAUAAAUAGAUGUUUUUUUUAUUAGAAUAUCUUUUUAUCUGCCAAGUCAACAACUGAAGUAUUUUUACUUCAAGUGAAACCAAACUGAAAGUACAGUCAUUACUACCAGAAGUGUCCUUUCUGGCCCAGACCUGCGAGGACAGGAGACUCCGCUCACGUCCACCGUCCUCGCCGUAGUACCGGGGAAGUACUUUCACGUAGUACCGGGGAGGUACUUUCACGUAGUACCGGGGAAGUACUUUCACGUAGUACCGAGGAAGUACUUUCACGUAGUACCGGGGAAGUACUUUCACGUAGUACCGGGGAAGUACUUUCACUCCAGACUGACAGAGACGUAUUUGGGCAGCGUUUUAGCGAGGGAGGCAGGUCCUGCAGGUACUGAAAUCUAAAACACUACAACGGUUUCACCUGUUUGCAAUAAAAAGUCAAGUUAUCUCUAUAUUUACGCUGUUUCCUGCAGUCGGGGCUGCUUUAAUCCAGCUGUGAGGUGUGGAGGAAACGAUCAGUUCAUUGCAAUAACUUCCUCCUGCAGGUCCAGACGCAGCUCAGCUUCAGUCCUGGUUAACGUCCGUCUGCAGACCACAGCUUUUCACAAUAAACCUCCCUCCUGCACAAUGUGACAGUCGGGUUCUGUCAGCUUUCUUUUCUAGUUUAAGAAUUAAGCAAAAUAUAGCGUUUCUAACCAUUCCUGCAGAGUAUCUUCCCCUGAAACGCGGGGGUAAUCUCUUCUUUCUUUAAGGAUGAGCUGCCAGACAGUAUGUGGAUGUUUCUCCUCCGUUUCAGAAGACUCAUCCUAACGUGCCAUAACCACAGAAUCGGGGAGGCUGGGGGGGCCCGUGGGCCGGGGAGCUGCAGACGCAGGAGGAACCCUCCUGAGACGGGAUCAAACGUGUUAAUGGGGGAGCCGGUGGUGAUGUUGGAGGGGAGAU